UCCUCUGGGCGCCAAGUUCUCAGCCUUCAGGACAGUGAAGCUUCUUGCAUGUUCUGAGUUCCCUUUGCCACCAUUUCAUAGAUGAAGAGACCGAGGCUCAGAGAGGAGAGAGAGGAAGCGGGAUAGAGAGACAGAUCGAUGUGAGAGAAAAACGUCAGUCGUCUUCCUACUCCAGUGUCUCCUCCAAACAAUCUCCAGAGCAAGUCAGAAGGUCUGAGUGGAUCAGAGUGUCAGGAACAAGGACCCACUCAAGGUUUUGCUUUUCCUUGACCUUCAGGACCAGUUGGAGCCUCUUAAUCUCCUCUGCCAGCGGUCCAUUCUUUGAAGCAGUUCUGAGUUAACCACUGCACCUCCCUCCGGGAGACAGAGGGAAGAGUUGAGGCUGAAUUCACCAGUGAGGUGCGCGCCCGGUCUGCCGCGGCUGCCUGGUUGAGCUGAGCAGCGCGCCCAGCCCUCCGUGGCCAGGAUGUGCGCCCUCCGCGCUGUGCCGGCACUGCUGCUUCUGGGGGCACUCCGAGCCUUCCCACAGGGUCAAGCCCCCACAGACGCCUGUGCCGGAGACCCCAGCCUUUACUACGAUGAGGCUGCCAAGAGGUGCUGUUUCCGCUGCCCUGUGGGGCUGUCCCCGCAGCAGCGGUGCCCGCGGGGGUCGUCCGACUGCAAGAAGCAGUGUCCACGGGACCACUACCUGGACAGGGACGGCCGCUGCACAGCCUGCGUGAGCUGUCACGACGACCUCGUGGAGAGGAAGCCAUGCUCGGAGAGUUCGCCCCGCGUCUGUGAGUGCCAGCCCGGGAUGUUCUGCAGCACCACCGCCACCAACUCCUGUGCCCGCUGCUCCCCCCACUCCGCCUGCCCUGCAGGGACGGCCGUCAAGUCCCCAGGCACAGCGGAGAGGGACACCGUCUGUGAGCCGCUUCCCCCCGGGGCCGGCCUUGACUGUGGCACCAGCCCAGAGGACUGCAAGGCGCCCACCAGCGGUGCUGCCCCCCAGGCCAAGCCCAUCCUGACCUCUGCAGACUCCGAUGCCAGGACCACGCUUCUUGGAGGGGACACUCCCCUCACCCCAAAAGAUGAUUCCAAAAUGACAAGGAUGCCUGAUUCUCUCUCCUCUGGGGAGAAGCCCAGUCCAGAUCCAGGACUGUCCCCACAGCAGCGGUGCCCGCCGGGGUCCACCAAAUGCCGGAAGAAGUGCGAGCCGGAGUACUACGUGGACGGGGACGGCCGGUGCACGGCCUGUGUGAGCUGUUCUGGAGACGACCUUGUGGAGAAGACGCCUUGCACGUGGAACUCCUCUCGUGUCUGUGAAUGUCGGCCUGGCAUGUUCUGUUCAACGUCAGCCACCAACACCUGUGCUCGCUGCGUCGCCUGCCCCAUCGUCCCACCAGAGACAGUCGCCCAACUCCGGGGUACAGCUAAGAUAGACACCAGCUACGAGCUGCCUUCCCCGGGGACCCACCUUAACUGCAGCACCAACCCAGAGGACAGCAAGGCUCCUAACAGCACCAGCCCCUCUCAGCUCUCCCCAGCCGACUCCCAGGCCAGUAAAGGGCACGGAGGGGGUGCCACUCAUGCCCUGGAGGACGCCUCCAUCUCAACAAGUGUGCCCAUCUCUUUCCCCUCCACGGGAAGACCCAUCCUGGUUUCAGGCUCGGUGCUCCUCUGGGUCCUCUUGGCGCUGGUGGUCUGCAUCGGCUCCGGCUCCUUCCUCGUGUGCCACCGAAGGGCCUGCUGGAAGUGGAUUCGGCAGAAACUCCACCUGUGCCGCCCGGUUCAGACCUUCCGGCCCCAGCAGGAGCCUGUGGAUCCCAGGCCCCAGAGGAACCAGGCAGACCUGAAGACGGUUGUCUCCGUGGCAGAGCCCUCCCCCGGAGAUCUGGGGAUGAUGAGCCAGCCGGUUCCGAGGGAGAGCCAGCCACUGCUGGGCGCCAGUCCAGGUGGGGACCCCUCGUCCCCCAGGGACCUUCCAGAGCCCCGGGUGACCACGGAGAACACCAACAACAGGAUAGAGAAGAUCUACAUCAUGAAGGCUGACACAGUGAUUGUGGGGACUGUGAAGACCGAGGUGCCCGAGGGCCGGGGCCUGGCAGGGCCGGCCGGGCCCGAGCUGGAGGAGGGUCUGGAAGUGGACCACGCACACUACCCGGAGCAGGAGACGGAGCCACCUCUGGGCAGCUGCGGCGAUGUCAUGUUCUCAGUGGAGGAGCAAGGGAAGGAGGACCGCUUGCCCACGGCUGCCUCUGGGAAAUGAGGCCCGGCCCGGGCUGGGGCCGAGAGCACCGAGGGGUGCUCCCUGGGAGCCAGGGUGGCGACGGUGGGCCGGGCCGGCAGCCAAGGCCCAUCAGGCCUGAACCGAGUGUCCAGCACCCAGUGGCGACCAGCCUGCCCAUGCAGGAGGGGGUCUGCUGGUAUCUACCCGCAACCCCACCCAGCUGCCCCGCAGUCCCUACCCCAGGACUGUGGGGUGUGCAGCCCAGACAACCAAGGGGCCAGAUUGGAAUGGCGAUGUUUGCUGGAGCAGCAGACAGACAGCCCAGGGCCCUGGGCAUCGGACCCAUCCCCCAGGGCUGGAGCCCACCUGAGGCAGAGGCCACGAGGCCGCCGCGCUCCCCCUGGGCCUCAGGAGUGACGCCCACUGGGUCUGCUGCUGUGCUGAUGGCCUCAGUUACUGUAAACGUGGCCCCAUGGGCACUGAGCCGGCACCCGGGGUUUUAACUCAGUCCAAAGGGAAAUGCACAGGGCUCUGUGGGCCGGCCCGUCUCAGCCGCAGCCACCGUGUCCGCCCUGUGCCUGGGGAGUGCGUGGGACCCUCCUGGUGCCACCUCUCCCCUCACCCCUCUCCUCCGUCCUCUUCCGUAGCCCCACAGUGGGCAGGCCACGGCCUAGGAUCAACUUGCCCAUCUCAGAAUGUCCCUACCAGUCAGUCCCCACAGCAGGAGGCAUCUCGGGACCCUCAGCCGCUGCGGUGUCCGUCCCCAUCAGAGCCCCCGCCCACCCAGCUGCCGCUGGGAGAAGGGCCCGCCGUGCUUUGCUCGGGGGGGCUCCCUCCACACACAGACCAGGAACUGUGGGCUCCUCUGGGUCCUUGGCUGCCUGGCAGGCACCGCCCACUUGGUGCUGUGACACCAGGAUGCAUCUUCCCCAGACCCGCCACGCACUCAGACCCCGACGGCGCCCAGUCCCACCCUUGCGCUGCAGUUGCUCCGCAUCCAGGGUGGGGCUGUGGAUGUCGCAAGCCACGUUCUGCCUUGUUCUGGACUGUGGGGGUGGAGUGGUGAAGAGCUUCGCCUGUUUCAAUCAGCCUUUCAGGAUUUUUGCUUUUCUCACUCGGGAAUAAUGCCUCCACUGGCCAGCGGCUCUCCUCUUCUCGGUUCUCCUCGGGGCUUUCAGGCUCGUGUAAACAAACAAGUGGCCUUGGGAAGGGCCGUGUGGGCAGAGGACAAGACUGCGGCAGCCCGGGGCUCCGGUUGCAGGGAGACUCCUGGAAUUACCCGCUGGAAGCCAGGCCCUGAAGUGCUCUUUACUCACCAGCCUGCUUCUCUCUGGAGGAAGUUGAGGCUGGGUCAGAUGUGCCAGGGUAGUUUCUGAAAUCACUCAGAUGUUUUGGGGAAAGUUGGAGAGGCCGGGACACUGUGACACCAGGACCUGAAGAAGUGUGGGACGUCUGAUACUCGCCCAGAUGCGGGUGUGGGCAGCUCGGCGACGUGGAGGACGCCACACGCCCAGCGGGCAGGGCCUCAGCAGCCUUGACGUGAGGCCUAAUGAAAUGACGUGCUCCCUCGCCCGGGAGCCCUUCAUAGAACCAUCUGACCCUAGAAAACUCAUGAGGUUCCUUAAAAAUGAUCUUAAGGCCACGGAAACUCUCAGUGGGGCUGAGAGUCUUGGAGAAGUUCUCAGGAUCCCUCUCUGCCCCUCUGGCCAGGACCCUUCCUCCAUGAUACUCCCGCUCCUCGGUCCGGGCCUGCCUUCGGGGAUACUCAGAAUGAAGCUGCUCCACGCCAGGUUCCCUUCGGGUGUUUGCAGAAAGGGCUGUGCCGAGCAGCCCCACAGUGUGAGAAAAAGGUCACAGAAGCAGCUGCUAUGCCCCAGCCUCGGGGAGGCGGGGAGAGGACCAAGGGGUCCGUGGGGGCCUAGGCUUCGUGCUCAAGCUGGGAGGAGCCCAGCCUGCCUUUGUGAUCAUAGCUCGAGGGAGGGGCGUCACUUUGGGGCCUGCUCCCACCCCAGGCAGCCAGCUGGGACUGUGGCUGCCCUGUGGGGUGAAGGCAGGACACCUGGGACCAUGGUCAUGUGACCAGACGGGCACCGGGCCUGUACCGGGGCUGCCUCGGGCGGCUGUGUGGGUUCUUGAUUUCGUGUAGGAUAGAUUUCACAACGCGAGUCCAGGUGAUAUUGAGAGUGCGUUUAUUACAGCUGGGGGCAACGAGACAAGGAAGGGCUUCAGGUAGAAGAAGCAACAGGAGAAAGAAAGAGGAAAGGGAGCCUUGGAGACAGGGUCAGGGGGUUAGCCCGGACCAGCUGCCGCUGCCCACUGCUCCCUCAGCUGCAGGCCCGUGGGGUCCCUUUGAGUUCAGGAGAAAGCAGAUACAAGGGGUGGGCGGGCUCCAGCGAGCUCCUGUGUGGGUCCUUUGUCUUGAGGCCUUUUAUCUUUCUUUGGUGGCGGGAUCUUAGGGGCGGCUCCUUCAAUAAGCUGACUCAUCAAAAACGUACAUAGAUGGGGCUUAGGGGUUAUUUUCUGGUUGGCUUUAUUUAUAAAGAACACCAUCGAAGAGGGACCAGGACCCAGGCUGGCCUGUCCCUGGACGCUCUGGAACGAGUAAACCAUUUGCUCCUGUGCCCUUGGUUAGAUAGGGUCGUGUGACUCAUUAGCUGGCUGUAAAUUGCUCAAACCGUCCGUCCAGCCUUGUUUAAUUAUUUUGUCUCAGUUUCCCUUAUUCCACUCGUCAGGGAAUUUCCCCAGCUUCUCACUACCCUGCCUCAGUCGGACCUUGCCCACCCCACCCCACCUCAGCCCCAGGACUCCGGACCCCACCAUGGGAACUGGCAGCCACCUGGGUGGUGGGAGAGCCAAAGCCAAAGUCCCUGCCUCACCAGGAACAGGGGUGGGGGUGCUUCUUAACCUCUGGCUGUUCUGAUGUUCAGAUGGACAGGUGGACCAGGGCCCUGCUGCUCAGGGCGGCGGUUCCCAGGAUGUGGGGACCUCCUCGCGCACCUGCACAGCCCUCUGCCUGGAGAGUUGUGGUCAGAGGGUGACAGAGAGCCAUCAGUCCCGCGGAAGCAAUUGCAUCUGGAGAAAACCCGCUGUUUCCCAAGAGCGUCUCAUCGGCGGGACACUAGGUUCUUAGAGUCUCUAAGGCCAGGGCCUGCCCCUCAGAUGGAGCAAGACCCUGACUCUGCAGGGAGUCUGGAGAUUCCAGAGCAUCGGGAGACGUCACCUGACCUGUGGCUUGUGUUUGCUGUAUGGCAGCUUCUGUCUUCAGUCCAACCAGUGGCCACCUGCCAAGAGGGGGCCCUUCCUUGGCCUGCAGAAUUCAGCCCCUCUGACUUAGAAACAGGAAACCUUUGAAAGGGCACUGGGCUUAGCACGGUUUUCUCCCAGAAGAUGGUGGUGGGUUCCAAGCUGGCCCCCCAAAGCCUGUGUUAGUGUCGGUAAGGUGAACCAGGGCUUUCGGGAUCUGGGGCCUGGCCUCCCUUGGGGCCAGGUUGCUGUGGGAACCUCACGGUGCAUAGGCCCCCUCUUGCUCUGUGAGGGACCCAGAGAACCCUCCACUCCCAGUCAGAAGACUGGCUGUUGGUUGGUCAGCUGUCUAUAACUGUUCAUGAAGUGUAGUGGCCUCUCUGCAGGGGACGUCCCGCUCUUGGUCCCAGGGCAUCCCAGACAGCACUGCAUUGCUGUUCAAAAUCUUCCUUCCUCUCCGUCCUCCUUCCAGUUACACCUGUGGUGAGUCAGGCCCAGUCCAGCUGCAGAGGGUGCGAGACACUGAGAUGGACUUUCUCUUGUGCGUCCCCUGAAUGAGACCAACGGUGGUGCAGAACCGAACCUGUGAGCGAGGUCAUUCCAGAGGUGACCACACUGUGUGCUAGGGGAGGCCCCAGUCAGGGCACCAUGGCAGUGUCUGGAGGGCAGGGGCAGUUCUAGCCAGGUGGUCUAGGAAGGCUUCUUGGAGGAGGUGUCCUUUGAGUUCCACCUGAGUGACAUGACAAGUGGGUGAGGCAAGGCGAGACCCUGGCAGCUGAGCGUUCAGGGGGGUUGGAACCACCACCCCAAAAGCGCUGAGGUGGCAAUGCCCCCGGCCUUGGGAUUCGAGGAGCUCACCUGGUGAAGCACAGGGAGUGGACAGCCAGUGGGGCCAGAUCAAGGAGGGCCUGGUGGGCCAUUGCAAGGCACUCUGACUUCAUCCUCAGAACACCAGACGCUGGUUAUUUCUAUUUCCCUCCUUUAGAACAAUAAACAUCCUGCGAUUCUCUCAGCACCGGGCGUGAGAGGCUGUAGCGGGAGCAGCGAAGAUUGUUUUAACCCAGUUCAGAGGGAAGUGGGGGACAAAGGCAGAGUCUGUAGGGAGCCAGGAGCCAGUGGAUGUUUCUUAGAAAGGGCAGAGCUGAGGCCACAUUCCCAGUUAAUUAACAUCGCAGCUCCAGGUCCAGGCUGCUUGGUCUUGGCUGGAGGCCAGCAGCCAAGGUUCCUCUUUCUUUGGGUGUCUUCCAGAAGCGUAAAAACCAAACCGAAAAAUCCUGGGAAGGCCACAGGCCUCUGUUUGUGUUUUGGUGUGGGGUGUGGGUCAUCUGAGAAUCACAGCCUGUGCUUCCCUCCCAUGUACCUUCAGGGCUCAGCCUCCAGGUCAAGGGGUUCUCAGCCGCAUGGCCUCAAGCAAAUCCCUUGAGGGCUUUCAGCUUUGGUUUCCUGACCUGCCGUGUAUGGGCAAUAAUUACUUUGCUUUGCAAGGUGGGUGGAGGUCAUGGGUGAAGUGCUUGACCUGGGGCCAGUCGUGGUCCCUGUUCAUUAAAUGAUAGUUACCAUAAGCAGCAUUUAAAGAGCUUUCAAGUCUGUCCAAGGCUUUCCACAUUCCUGAGGCACUUGGGCUUCAUAAGCACAGCUAAAAAGUAGGUGGGCUGAGGGCCAGCACUGCCGUUUACUGGUUGAGCCUCAGAGAAGGGAAGCAAGCAGCCAACCCACCGCCACACAGCCAGGAAGUGCCAGACCCGGAGCCGAGCCCCCCCCCCCCCCCACCAUGGUUCUCAAUUAGCCCCUGUGCCCAUGCAGCCAGUCCGUGUCCCUGUCACAGUGGUCAGCUGCUACUGUGCCCUCUGGACACAUUUCUUUUCACCUCCAAGUCAUCACAGCUGGGAGAUGGGGAGGUUCCUUGGUUGCUUGUUUUAUGGGGAGGAAGGGACAGUUCCCAGAGGCUGGGUAACCUGCUUGAGAUCAAGCGGCAGCCCAGAUUUCUUCCUAAUUCCUCUGAUGCGGAGCUCACUCCUUGAAGGUGGUCUGAGGCAGCGGUCAGGGGGACUCGGGCUCUGGGAGCCCGGGUGGGACAGAGACCUCCCUUGGAGGGCUGGCCGGCCAUUGGAUUGCCUUUGGCCCUCUCAGUAACUCCUUUUACCCCACUCUCUGCCCCAUGCCGGGAUCUGUGGAAGACAGGGCAAGAAAAAGCCUCUCCAUUUAACAGAUGGGAAAACUGAGCCCUGUGUAGGUGAGGGGGUUUGCCUAAGGUCCCGGCUUGACGAGUUUGGCCCCUUGCUGUGUAUGUUGGGGCUGGGGUGGGGGAAUUGCAGUCUAGUCUGAGAACAGUAAAGAUUAUUUGCUGGUUUUCAAUCUCCCUUUAAAAAAGAGUAAUUCGAUUCUGGCUGGAGUGUCUCAGCUGAUUGGGCAUCAUUCUGCAAACUGAAAGGUUGCAGGUUCUAUUCCUGGUCAGGGCACAUGCCCAGGCUGCAGGUUCAGUCCCUGGUCAGGGCUUGUGCAGGAGGCAACCAAUGGAUGUUUAUCUCUCAGGUUGAUGUCCUCUCUCUCUCUCUCCUUCCCUUCCCAUCUCUCUGGAAUCAACGAAAAAAAUGGUGUUAAAGUAAAAGCAACUACAGUAAGAGUG